AUGAGCGCACUGCACCAGGGACAGUGGGCCGAGUCGGGCGAGGUUGUUGUCGAGCCGUUCUGGGGCGAGCUGUGUGAUACUUGCUGCGAGCUUCCCGAGUAUGCGCAUCCGCAGGCAAGACCCAAGCUGGUGACUGUUCCGCGUGGCGGGUCGGUGACUGUUGUGGCCAUGAGCGCCACCAACGUGGCGGGCAGGGCCAACAUGAUGGAGCUGGCCGACCUCAACGUGGGCGAGCUGAUGCACAACCUGCGGAUCCGGUACAAGGCCUCGCCUAUGGAGUACUACACAUACGUGGGCGAUAUUCUCAUUGUCGUCAACCCGAUGCGCCCGACGCCACUGGCCGACGUUGAGCACAUGCACGCCUACGCCGGGACUGCGUUCAAGGAUCCGGCCCUCCGGCCGCACAUCUUUGCCAUCGCUGAGCGUGCAUACACCCAGCUGCUCGAAACCUCGGCGCCGCAAGCGGUCAUCAUCUCGGGUGAGUCGGGCGCCGGCAAGACGUACUCGACCCGUCACGUUCUGGACUUUCUGGCGUUCCGGUCGCGCAAGGCCGCCGCGGCUGGUGCGGCCGAUGCAACCGACGCUGACCCAGCGAUCCCGCGCGGCUCUGACUCGCUCUCGAACCUCGGAGCAGCCUCGGAGAUCUUGGAAGCGCUCGGAAACUCCAAAACGCUGCGCAACCACAACUCGUCGCGGUUCGGCAAGUUUGUCAAGAUCUACUUUUCCCACACUACGCCGGGCGUCAUCCAGGGCGCUUUCAUUCAGACGUAUUUGUUGGAAAAGUCGCGGAUUGUGGACCAAGACGAUGGCGAGCGCAACUACCACAUUUUCUACCUCAUGCUCGAGUACCUCGACAGUGAGAUCCGGUCUGAGCUCGGCCUGGGCCCUGUGGAGUCGUACGCGUACCUCAUCGGGUCGACAGGCGCCAAUGCAAGCUCAUGGCGGGUACAGCCAGAUGCCGCGGCGACGCCGAUGGAGGACGCAGAGCGUUGGGAUGAUUUGCUAGCAGCCAUCGGCGCACUCGGGCUUGACGACGUGUUCGCCGACGUGUGGCGCGUGUGCGCUGCCAUUCUCCACCUCGGCAACAUUGAGUUUGAGGCGCCGGAUCAUGACACCUCGUCGUCGACGCUCUGCACCAUUACCAACCCAGAGCUUGUGUCUCACGUGGCACGGCUGCUGUGCGUCGACGAGGAAGCUCUGACCAAGACGCUACUGACGUGUAAGGUUGUCUCCGAGUCGCGGUCAUACUCGGUUGACAAGGCCAAGGCCAACGUCGACGCACUCGCCAAGUCGCUCUACGCCAAGAUGUUCGACAAGGUGGUGAGCGCGAUCAACGACGCGCUGGGCGGCGGCAGCGGCGGGCUCGACUCGUCGCGGUCGCGAGCGUGGAUUGGCGUCCUCGACAUCUUUGGCUUUGAGUCGUUCCAGGACCACCCGGACGUCAAGGGCGUGGCGACGACGGCGAACACCUUUGAGCAGCUCUGCAUCAACCUUACCAACGAGCGACUGCAGCGGUACUUUUACGAUGAGCUCAUCCCCAAGCAACUUGAGCACUACGCUGCCGAGGGCAUCGACGUCGACGCCAUCCAGUACGACGACAACGCUAUGGCGGUCGAUGUGCUCAUGGAGGGCAAGUUCUCGGUCCUCUCACUCCUCGACGAUGCGACGCGGACGGCGACAUCGCUACCCAAGUACCGGGCGGACCCUAGCCUCGGUGACAACCUCUGGGUCCAGCUCGUCUCGGAAGCACACGCUCCGUCCAAAGACAACCUCAAGCUGACCAAGCGAGCGACCGAGCACGACUUUCUUGGCUGGUUUGCCGACCAGCUCGACGACCGGGCCAGCUCGAGCUUUUGCGUCCACCACUUUGCGGGAACGGUGUGGUACUCGGCGCGCGGGUGCAUCGACAAGAACUCGGACAAGGUUGCCACCGACUGCAUCGAGCUGAUGGCGACGUCCGGGACCGAGUGGCUGGCGGCGUGCUACGAUACCGGGCGGGCGUCUGCCGAGCGGGCGUCGGUGGCGCGGGGCUUUGCGCGGCAGCUCCGCGAGCUUGUCUGCCCGCCGGCAUGGAAGUCUGCGGCGAACGUGUCGGGCGGCGAGCUGGACGCAGCAGCCAACCCGCUGUUUGUGCGGUGCGUCAAGCCGAUUUGCCGGCGGCAACCGGGCAAGACCCAUGGGUGGCUGGAAGAUCACAAGGUGCUCGACCAGCUGCAGUCGGCCGGAAUGUAUGCCGUUAUCCAGAUGCGCCAGGCCGGCUAUCCGACCGAGCUCGACAAAGCUGAGUUUCUGGACGUGUACUGGGAGCUGGAGGAGGAUGUCAAGGUGCUGAUGGACUUGCGGUCCGAGGACGACCAGAUCCACCACCUGGCGCGACUGAUUGCGUCGGACCCGGGCGUGGUGCUGGGCGAUCUCCGCGGCAUGCCGCCGUACCAGGUCGGCAAGACCAAGGUUUUCAUGAAGGGCUCGAUGGCGUCGGCCAUGGCGUCGGCGCUGCGGGCGGUUCAGGACUCGAAGCUGACGCGGAUGGAAGCGGCGGCCAAGCACCUCAAGUCGCUAAUUCGCAUGUCGCUUGUCAGCUCGCGGCUGCCCGAGCUGCGCGAGACGGCGGCGGCACGGUUCGAGUACUUGCGGCGGAAGCGGGCGUUUAUUGCGCAGGGUCUCACGCCGGAGCAGGCCGACGAGGCCAUCCGGCGCGAAGACGAAGAGGCUGCCGCGCGCGAGGAGGAGCGAUACGUGCGCAAGCACUAUGCGCCUCUGCAGAACAAGGUUGACGAAGCGCAGGUCCCGCAGCUGCUGGACGCUCUCCACGCGUCGGCCAACGAGGAGGCCUCGCCGUACUACGCGGCCGAGAUCCGUGAGCGGGCGGCCAAGCUGGCGCGAGUGGCCAACGCCGUACAGGCGACGCUCGAUGCGUUCCGUGAGGACGUGCACAACGAGGGCGCCAAGGCGUCUGCGGCGGCAGCGGUGCACAAGCUCCGCAAGCGGGUGAAGAAGGAGGAAGUGGCGCUGCGGGCUGAUGCGGACCGGCGUGAGGCCGAGGCGCGCGCGGCCGCUGAGGCUGCCCAUCGUGCAGAGCGGUUUGAGCCGGUCGUGGCCGAGCUGGCGGAUGUUGGCGUCGAAGCCGCCAUCCAGCUGCUCAGCGAGUUUGAGACUGCGUUUGCGCCAGUGGUCGAAGCAGGCAAAAUCGACGUUAACGCACUGCACGAUCGGCGGGCCCGUCUCGUCCGCAACCUUGCGCGGGCCAAGGCGGUGUUCGAAGCGUGGUCGGCUGACAUCUUCUCGCGCAAGUUGGAGAAAAAGGCGGCGGCAUGGGUCAAACGGCUGCGCGUCCUGCUGAGGCGCGAGGACGACGCGAUGGAAGCCGACCUCGUUGUUGUCGCCAAGUACUCCAAGGUCUCGCAGGUGCGUGUCAAGCUCGACGCGGCGCGCGAGGCCAAGCUGGCCAAGCUUGCGGCGCGUCGCGAGGAGCUGCUGGCGGCCGAGGAGGCCAAGGCGCGUGCGGCAGCGGCGCGUGCGUCUGCAGCAGUGCGGGCCGAGGCGCGGCGAAAGCGCGAGACUGAGCGGGCGGCGCGCAAGCUCACGCGACAGCGAACGCGGUUCCUGCGCAAGCUGCGGGCGUCUGCGACAGCGCUCAAUGAGGCCGGCCUCCGCGUGCUGUACCAGAACAUGCCGUGCGAAAUCCGGUACCGCGGGCCGAUCACAUUCAACUUUGCCAAGCGCGACCCGAGCUACGACGUGCGGAACGACGAGAUGUACAUUGGGCUCGAGACGCCGGUCGGCAAGCACUCGUACAACUCGGGCGCCAUUUCGGGCGUCAAGUACUUCAAGUGCUACCCGCAGCACGGGGUGUUUGUGGAGCCGAGCAAGCUGUAUUCGAUCGACCCGUUGGCGGAGCGCGGCAAGCCGUUGGAAGUCGGCGACAAGGUGUGGCAUGCCGACUCGCGGUUUCUGCGAACGGGUUACGUGCUCUUUGUGGGCAUGACGCAUUUUUCUGAUGGCGCUACGCUCGUGGGCGUGCGACUGGACCAAGACGAGGCGCUAGGCAACACCGACGGAACAGUCGACGGGCUUCGAUACUUUGACGUCGAGUUUGCGCGCGGAAUGUUCUUCCGCGCCGACGAGUGCUACCGCAUUGCGCCGUGGGACGACAGCGAGGCCGAGACCAUCAUCGCCGACUACUGCGCGCUCCACGACAUCGACAUCGAGUCCGAGUCGGGCUACAUGUCAGACACCGAGGUCGAGGAAAAGCUGUUUGAGGCCGAGCAGGAGCCCGCGUACGCCGACGUGGACGAUGAGCCGCAGUCGGGCAUCGUGCCCUCGCCGUCGGACAUUUACCAGCUCCCGGGCUCGUCGUCGGCGGCAGUCAUGUCGGCCAUGGGCUCGACUACAUUUCCGCAGUCGCCGUCCGAGUUUGCGCUCGGCUCGGUCGGCUCCGAAACGUUCUCCGUCGGCGCGCUCGGCGGCAUUGGAGGCUUGAACGGCUCCAUCGACGACCUUGUGCUCGAGGGGCUCGGCUCGUUCAACUCGAGUACGGACGACAUCAAGCUGAACGCCGCGUAAAGCGCUUGAGAUGUGUGCGUGCGUGUGUGUUUGUGUGUGUGUGUGUGUGUGUGUGUG